AUGGACAACAUCUCCCAUGCGAAUGGCUCUAAGGGCCUCGAAGAACAGGGGUUACAGGACUUCUCUGUGCCAUCGGAGAAGGUUGAUCUUGACGUUGGCCAGAUGAACGAGGGGACAAUGCUGCACAAGGGGCUACAUGCACGCCAGAUUACCAUGAUUGCCAUGGGAGGAGCUAUUGGAACUGGUUUGAUUAUUGGAACUGGACAAGGCCUUGCAACAGCUGGACCAGCCUCAAUUACGAUCUCCUAUGCUAUUGUAGGAUUUGUUGUUUAUUUGGUGAUGGGUGCGUUGGGGGAGAUGGCAACUUGGAUUCCAAUGGCAAGUGGUUUCACUGGUUAUGCUACUCGAUUUUGUGACCCUUCGCUUGGAUUUGCACUUGGAUGGAGUUACUGGCUUAAAUAUAUUGUUGUCACUCCAAACCAACUCACCGCGGCUGCUCUUGUCAUUCAGUACUGGGUGCCUCGAGAGCAAGUUAAUCCCGGUGCUUUCAUCGCAAUUUUUAUGGUCGCAAUCAUCAUCGGUAACUACUUGGGUAUUGAGUUUUUUGGGGCAUUGGAGUUUGUCUUGUCCAGCGUUAAGGUUGUCGUUAUGAUUGGUAUUAUCAUCCUUUGCCUUGUGCUGGCCCUUGGAGGAGGCCCAGAUCACGAUCGAAAGGGAUUCAGGUACUGGAAGAACCCCGGUGCAUUCAAGCCCUAUAUGGCGGAAGGCGAUCUUGGGAAAUUCCUUGCCGUAUGGGCCAGUAUGGUCACAGCUACCUUCGCCUAUCUUGGAACCGAGCUGGUCGGAAUCACCGUCGGCGAGGCUGUGAAUCCUCGGAAGACAAUCCCCCGUGCCAUUCGACUGACCUUCUGGCGGAUUAUUUUCUUUUACGUCCUAUCGGUCUUCCUGGUUGGACUUAAUGUUCCAUACAACUCACCAGACCUGCUAUUUGCAAACAAGAAGAAGACCUCAGCAUCAGCAUCGCCUUUCGUGGUCGCCAUCAGCUCAGCGGGCAUUCGGAUCCUCCCAUCCAUUUUCAAUGGAUCCUUGCAGUCGAGGGACAGGGCCCCUCGCUUUUUAGCCCGUACGAAUGCUCGCGGAGUUCCUUUCUUUGCAUUGGGCGCCUCCUCAAUCUUUACUCUCCUCGCUUUCAUGAACGUCAGCAGCGGAAGUGAGACGAUUUUCAGUUACUUGGCCAGUUUCGUCACUAUGUUCGGUCUUCUGGUUUGGAUCUCUAUCCUCGCCAGCCACAUAUUCUUUGUCCGAGCGCGGCGAGCCCAGGGGGUGCUCGAUUCAGCCCUGGCGUACACUGCUCCCCUAGGUAUACAAGGGUCGUACUUCGCGCUCGCGUUUUGUGUCAUAGUUGCACUGACAAAGAACUUUUCGGCUUUCAUACCUAAUAAUCAAAGCUACGGGAACUUUGAUUACAAGAGCUUCAUUACCGGCUAUCUCGGAAUUCCUAUAUAUCUGGGUCUUUAUUUUGGCCACAAGGUUAUUCGGAAGACUCGCGUCGUGCACCCCAAGUCUUGUGAUCUAUACAGUGGAAAGGAUAGGAUUGAUCAAGAAGAAGCUGAGUAUAUGGUGACCAAUAUGUCUUCUAGUCGACCGAAAACUCUCUUUGGGCGGUUGAUUGCUAUAUUAUUCUAA